AUGGCUGACACCGACUAUCUCUCUUCCACUUUCCCGCCUUUUUCCUCUCUCUUUUUCCUGCAGAAACCAAAACCUUUAGUCCGCCCCAUACCCGGUCGCAACUCCUUCAACUUCGAAGAAACGAUACCUGGACAGAUGACCGAACGACUACUCAAGGAAUACCGCGGAUCGGAGGCAGGCAUUUGCCAAUUCUUCCCUUUUCAUUUCCUUCAUUUUUCUUCCUUUCUUUCUUUUUUUUUUAAAGUCGUUUUUCUUAAUUUCUUUCUCUCUUCACGCUCACGUCUUUCUUUUUUAUUUCAAAGGCACUUUUUGCUUUCUUUCUUUCUUAAAAAAAGUUGUUUUUCAUUCUUUCUUAAACAAAGCCAUCUUUGCGUUUGUCUUUCUUCACACACAGUUCAAUAUUUUAUCUUUCUAUCUUUAUUCCAUUCUUUUCCCAAUCUUCAUUCCAUUUUUCUUUUUUCUUUCUUUUUUCUUUCUUUCUUAAACAAAGCAAUCUUUGCUUUUUUCUUUCUUGACACACAAUUCAUUAUUUUUUCUUUCUUUCUUUCUUUCUUUUUUCUUUUUUCUUUCUUUCUUUCUUUCUUUCUUUUUUCUUUCUUCAUUCCAUUCUUAUUUCUUUCUUUCUUUCUUUCUUUCUUUCUUUCUUUCUUAAAAAGGUCCGAUCUUUGCUUUUUUUCUUCAUACACAGUUCAUUUUUUUCUUUCUUUAUUUCUUUGUUUGUUUCUUUCUUUAUUCCAUUCUUCUUUCUUUCUUUCUUUCUUUCUUUCUUUCUUUCUUUCUUUCUUAAACAAAUCUUUUUUCCUUAUUUAUUCAUUUCUUUUAACCCAGUCCGUUCUUUUUUCUUUCUUUUCCUUCCUUCCUUCCUUUCUUUCUUUCUUUCUUUCUUUCUUUCUUUCUUUCUUUCUUUCUUUCUUUCUUCCUUCCUUCCUUCCUUUCUUUCUUUCUUUCUUUCUUCCUUCCUUUCUUCCUUCCUUCCUUCCUUUGACAAUCGUUUUUGUUUUUUAUUUCCUUCUAUAUGACCUGUUCUUUCUUUCUUUCUUUCUUUCUUUCUUUCUUUCUUUCUUUCUUUCUUUUUCUUCUGUCUUAUUUUAUUCAUUUCUUUGUCUCAGUUCCCAUUCAUAA